AUAUAGUCGAGUUGUGUUCAAAUGGAAAUUAGAUAGAUGCCCCGGCCAUAUAAAGUAUAAGUUUAGGUGGAGCUGCGGAUGCGACCCACUUCACGACGGGACACACGUGCGGGAGACUGAGAGCUACUCUGAGAAACAGAAACAUGGAGAAAGGUUCUGCGAAUGGCUCGUCGGCGGUGAAGAAGAGUCCGAAAUCGUCGGCUAAGAGAGUGAGGGGCCCACCUCAGAGUUCUGUUGACACAUUUGCUGUGCAAUGUAACGAGUGUUUCAAAUGGAGGACAUUGACAACAGAAGAAGAGUUUGAAGAGUACAGAAGCAAGCAGAGUGAAGAUCCAUUUGUGUGCAAAAAACUGGAAGGAAUCGAAUGUGAUAGCCCUGCUGACAUUGAAUACGAUUCCUCAAGAACAUGGGUGAUGGAUAAACCCAACAUCCCAAAAACCCCAAAAGGUUUUCAAAGAAUAAUUAUUCUGAGAAGAGAUUACUCUAAAAUGGAUGUGCAGUAUGUGACACCUGAUGGAACAAGGAUAAGAGCAGCUCCUGGAAUCAUCACAUAUCUUAAAGAACACCCGGAAUACAGUGAUAUCUCAGCAACUGAUUUCUGCUUCACAUCUCCAAAGGUAAUGAGUGAUACCAUUCCUGAACAUAUUGAGAAGAAAAGUCCAGGUGGCAGCAACAAGAAACCCAAAAAAUCAAGUUGAAUCAUGUCUCUGCUUUUGCGUGUUUUGAAAAGCCUUUUAUUAUGAUGAUGAUGAUGAUGAUGAUGAUGACAUAGAACAAGGUAUCCUUUCUAUCGUAUUGUAUGUUAAUUUUAAAUUUUCUGUAGUUUUUUGGUGACUUGGUAGGAAUCAGGGAAUGGUAUCUUGUAUGCAGUCUAGUAUGUGGAUUAUGAUGAUUAUGUUGAUGGGAUUAUAUUAUUAUGGAUAUAUAAUUGAGCCUUAUGAG